AUGAGGAGAGUCGGAAAUGUUCUUGAAGGUAGCUGCCAUUGCAUCUGGGGUGAAGGCAAUGACAAGCUGAUUAUCGUCAGCAUAGGAGAAAUGGAAGGUAUUAAAGGAGUUGAUGAUGCCAGUGAAAACAUUUCAAAUGGGAAAGAUGCAACGCAGAGCAGUACCUAUUCCAGCUAUGUUGCUAGCCGUGCUCUAAAUAAGGCACAUGCAUCCCUUGGAUCAUUAACAAAUAACGACAACCCGUCCUGGUGGAAGGUGGACCUCAGAGGCUACUUCAACAUCAGCAACAUCACCGUCACUGCAGCCACCUACUCCAGUUGGUCUAUCUACAUGAAAAAUGCCUCCGUAGAGGUGAUGGACAAGGAUGUCAGCCUCUGCUCUGACGUUCAAGUGAAGUGGUGUGGAGAGGUACCUAACACUCUUGCUGUCGGGGAAGAGUUCACCUUCACCUGCAAUGCCACCUUCCCUGUCCGCUUUGUCCGUGUUGUACAGCGAGCUACAAGCAACUCACUCUUCGGAAUCGGGCAUGUUGACGUGCAAGGGGAAGGGACAAUAAAACCAUAUCGCUCAUACUACAAACCGUCCAGGAACAAGAAGGUGUCCGAGCCGUUCCUGACCACGUCGGCAAUGACAGCCGGCGACUGCGGCAUCGUUUGUCACCAGCAUCAUUCAUGCAUCGACUUCAGCUACAGUGCAACAGCGCCGACAGAUGAGAACUGUCUGCUAACCGACAAAGCCUUGUCUUCACAUCACGUCAACGACAAUUCUUGGACAACCUACACCAUUACCUGCUUGUAAACAUUCAACUCAAACAUAUUAAGCUUCGAUCACACUUCGCCCUUUUCACAGACAUGUUUUGUAGUGGUUAAGUCAAACUGAACUCAGUGUUAAAAUGGGCUAUAGAGAGCCAGUAACUGGAGAACGAUUACCACACAAGGGACCAUGGGGACUGACAGUACCUUUGCUUCCUGCAUGGAUCAAAGUAAGCCUGACAUGGACUUCGGGCAUAGUGCAUACGUGUGACUGAAAGGAGAAGAAAGAGAACGAAGAUCAAUGCUUGAGACAUUCAAAGAAAAUGUAACGAUAACUAAGCCCGUGAUCUCAGAUGAAUAUUGUAUCACAUAACUCUUAUAAUUGG